AUGAAACGAGCGCCUGCAGGCAAAAAGGGCGUGACCCUUCCGAAGCGAACUCAGGCGCAGUUGAAUGCCCUUGAUCGGCUUCCCGAGAACCCAACGCUCGAGGAGAUCAAGGAGGCCACAGUCCACGUCUCGCUGGCCGAACUCGAGGAGAGAGUUGCAGACGUGCGCGACUCGUGGGAGACGGAUUCGCUGUUUGAAGAUGCGCUCGAGGAUCUGACGGAUGAGAGUGGAGUGUUCUCUGGUAGACCAGACACUUGCACUCCAGAAGAGGCAUGUAGAUUGCGUCGCGAACUGCGUGAACAGGGGCCUGCUGUCUUUUGUCAGCGCACUGUUGAUGCUGGUCGAUACAGCGCAAAGAAGCUCCUCAGCGCCUUUGGCAUCCGGCCGCCUGGCUUUCUCGAGGGCGAGCCGGAUGAGGCCUAUUUCAGCCUUUUGUCGCUGGCCAUCACGCGAGAGUUGUCCAAGCGGGCCAAGUUGCAUCGCUACAACACGCUCGACGAUGCUGUGCAGCUCAUCGAAAAGUGCCAAAACAUCAUUGUCAUCACGGGCGCCGGCAUCUCCACCUCGCUGGGCAUCCCGGACUUCCGAUCCCAGGGCACUGGUCUGUAUUCCAAGCUGGAGCAUUUAGGCCUCAACGACCCACAAGAGGUAUUUGACAUUGAGGUGUUCAAGCAAGACCCGACCAUCUUCUACUCUGUCGCCAAGGACAUCAUUCCGGCCACUGAGCGCUACACGCCCACCCACAAGUUCCUGGCCAUGCUCCAUGAGCGCGGCAAGCUGCUCACCAACUAUUCGCAAAACAUUGAUAAUCUCGAGGUCAAGGCGGGUUUGCCCAAGGAGAAGCUCAUUCAGUGUCACGGCUCGUUUGGCACGGCAAGCUGCGUCCAGUGCCACUACCAGAUCCAGGGCGAAAAGAUCUUCCCAGACAUUCGGGCCGGCAAGAUCCCCAAGUGCACCCGAUGCCUCUCGUCACUCAAGGCCUCUGGUGCUCCGAAGCGAAAGCGAUCUGCAGGUGCAGAGAAGAAGAGGCGGCGAUGGGCUGACAAUGAUAGCUCCGAGGACAAUUCCGAGUACGACAUCCCUAGUGCUGGUGUUAUGAAGCCCGACAUUACCUUCUUUGGCGAAGCUCUUCCCGAUGAGUUCUCACGGCGCCUGACGGAAAACGACCGUGACAAGGUCGACCUGGUGAUUGUCAUUGGCACGUCGCUCAAGGUCACGCCCGUGUCCGAGAUUGUCAGCUUUCUCCCGCCGCAUAUCCCGCAAAUCUACGUUUCGCGCCAGGCCGUUUCCCACAUCAACUUUGAUAUUGACUUGCUGGGCGAUUGCGAUGUCGUGGUUGCUGAGCUGUGCAAGCGGCUCAACUGGCCAUUGCCUGGCGUCGAAGUUGCCAAGGAGAUGGAGAACGGCAAGGACGCCAAAGAUGUUCAUGGCAAGGCUUCUCCAAACGGCAAUGUCAAGAGUCGCAAGGCCUCUCCCAAUGGCGAUGUUAAGAAUGCUAAGCCUGUUCAAAAUGGCAAAGAGGGCAAGCAAGCCAAGGGAACCAAGACCGCCUAA